CGUUCUCUUCGUUGAUUGAAGCUGACCAUUCAAAAAAUUGCAAUUCUCUAAAAUCAUCUUUUUCAGUGCAUUGCCCCUUCUGGAUUAAUUAAAAAUAAAAAAGUAUAUUAUUGGGAAAUUCUGAUCGGUAAUGGACACAAAAGAGUUUGUUGAUUUUGGCAAAGCGGCCAUCGAUUUCGUGGCUAAUUAUACGGAUAACUUGAGGAACAAGAAUGUUCUUCCGGAUGUUGAACCUGGAUAUCUUAGUGAAUUGUUGCCGAAAGAAGCGCCACAGAAAGCGGAAACCUGGCAGCAAGUGCUUAAAGAUGUCGAGCAGUAUAUUAUACCAGGGGUAACACAUUGGAAUUCACCGCAUUUUCAUGCAUUUUAUCCGACAGCAAAUUCCUAUCCGGCUCUUGUGGGUGAAAUUUUGAGCAGUGGUAUCGGUUGUAUUGGACUUUCAUGGCUUGCUUCACCCGCCUGCACCGAGCUCGAAGUUAUUACAAUGAACUGGCUCGGAAAAUUAAUAGGAUUACCGGAGGAGUUUCUAAACUGUGGCGAAGGCCCAGGAGGUGGUGUUAUACAGGGAUCAGCAAGUGAGUCUACGUUGGUGUGUUUAUUAGUAGCUAUAGAACAAACCACACGUCGGAUAAAACAUCUUCAUUCAGACUGGGAUGAUGCUUAUAUUAGGUCGAAAUUGGUUGCAUAUACGUCUGAUCAAUCAAAUUCCUCUAUAGAAAAAGCAGGAAUUUUAGCCUCGGUUGCCAUGAAACUUUUACCAGCCGACGAGAAAUGUGUUUUUCGAGGUGAAACGUUAUUGAAAGCGAUCAAGGAGGACUUGGAGAAAGGUUUGGUACCAUGCUGUGUUAUAGCUACUUUGGGUACCACUGGCACGUGUGCCUUUGAUAAACUUGAAGAAUUGGGACCCAUUUGUAAAGAGUACAAUGUUUGGUUGCACGUCGAUGCUGCAUAUGCAGGUGCUGCUUUCGUUUGUCCCGAAUAUCGGUAUUUAAUGACUGGCGUUGAAUACGUUGACUCCUUCAAUAUUAAUCCACACAAAUGGUUACUCGUGAAUUUCGAUUGUUCUGCACUAUGGGUUAAAGAUUCUAAGAGACUCAUUGAAGUCUUCAGUGUAGAUAGGAUUUAUUUGGCGCACGAUAAAGAAGGAGUUGCUCCAGAUUAUAGGAAUUGGCAAAUUCCGUUGGGACGACGUUUUCGUUCUUUGAAACUUUGGUUUGUCUUACGUCUAUACGGAGUGGACGGUUUACAGGAACACAUAAGGCGUACCAUAAAAUUUGCUCAAAUAUUUGAAGAAUAUGUUAAAUCGGACAGCAGGUUCGAAUUAGUGAUAGGUAGAUCCAUGGGUUUAAUUUGCUUCAGAAUAAAGGGUGACAAUCAGUUAACUAAAGAACUUCUCAGCCGUUUAACAGCCGAAAAGAAGAUUUAUGUGGUUGCUGCAACUUUUCGCGAAAAAUUGGUUGUUCGAUUCGUAAUUUGCAGUCGUUUAACUCGAGAAGAAGAUGUUAUAUUUGCUUGGAAUGAAAUUACAAAACAAGCGACAGAAAUCGUGGGACCUAAGACACCUUGUUUGGAAGAAAAAGCACAUGAAUCAUUCGCAAAAUCUUCGGCUGAUUUAGCGACGAGGAUAGAAAGUUUAAAUCUCGAGUCAAAAACGCAAACAAUAUCGUAGAAUAAAUUUUACGCUAUGGAGCAAAAGUAGAAAAAUUGUAUUUAAUUUUCUAAAAUUUCUAACUCGAUUUCAAAGUUUCAAGUACCUGUUAGAGCUUUCAGUCUUUGUAGGAUGAUGUUUAGUUUUAAGAAAAUAAGAUUUUAAUGCAAAACUUCGUUCAUUCGUUUAUAGUUAACGAGAAAAAUAGUUGAAAUUGGAUGUUCAGUUUAUGAAAGUAAAAUAUUGAAAAUAUCUGUAAUAACUAUUCGAAUCUAAAGUAGCAUGUGAGUUGUAUGACGAAAGUAAAUAAUUGCAAAGUUCUUUGCCGGAAAAAAUGAAACUUUGUGAUUUAAUUUAAGCGUAAUCAUUGUAAUGAUAUUUUUGCUGACAUAAAUAUUUAUAGCUCGUAUUAAUUGUGUUCGUUGAUUAAUAUUUUCAUUCAUAAUUUGUUAUUGCAGAUUUAAAAAAAGAAUAUUAAUGUAGGAUUUGAAAAAUAAAGAAAUUAUGUUGUAACUGUAGGCAUUUAGUGGAGGAGGGGAGAAGGUUUCGUCUCCCCAGAUGCCUUUUAGUUCGGGCCGGGUAUCGCUAGGUAGCGGCGAAAGAUCCAGUGACAGUGCUCUCGCAAGCGGUCGCCUGGCAGGCCUAGCAUUCGAAUUGCGGUAUGAUAGAUGUUUCGGCCAGGGUUCGUCGGUUGUCAGCUCCAUUGACGAAUUUGACAGACGAAACGCCUUUUUCUCCCCUCUCCUACAUAACGAUGUUUAAAUGAAUAGACAUUUUGCAAAUCAUUUUACACAGUCAAGGCCCACAUUAUAUCUGUAAAAGUGGUCUUGGUCAAAUUCGGUGUUUAUACAUGUUGUAAUCCGGAAAAACGUACAGGCAUAUAGAUAAAAAAUAAAAAAUAAAACAUAAAAUAUACGAUGGCUUGAAGUUAGCGAAACAAUAAUUUCAAAAAUGCUAUUUCUGAAUCCGUAAGUUAAUAUAUACAUAUAGAAAAAAAUGUAUAUAUGUAUUUUAUAUAUGUAUAACGUUAUAUAUAUAUGUAUAACGUAUUUGCGUGCGUACAUGUAAGUGUCUAAAUAUAAGUACACACACGUGAGUAGAUAAUAUGUGCGCUAAAAGGUUAUCCAGCUAUCUCUUUCAUG